UCAGGAGUUCAGUCCGCGGCGGCUGCAGCAGCGGAUCCCGCGCACUACCUAUCCAAGCGCCGCUCCUCGCUCGGCGCGCUCUCGCAAUUGUCAGCUGUGCGAACGACCCAAGUCGUGCUCGCGGUGAACUGUGCCCCCCAAGUGUGUGUGUGCGCGCGCAUAACGAUACGAAAGGGAGGACGCCGCGCGGCGAUGACUCCGUAGCGCGAGCGACCGCUCCAGGAUGGAGGUGAUCUCGACGCGACGGUACGAGGCGAGGCCGCCGGCCGACUCCCAUGCCUCCAUUCCAGUCGACCCGACGAACGCCGUGGCGACCGUGAAGGAAGAGGAAUGGGAGACGCGGAAGAAGAAGGAGAUCACGACGACCCGGCAGAUCGAGACGCGCGUCAAGCGCCAAGUCGUCCUCGAGGACGGCGAGGUGGUCGUCGACAGCGGACCGCAGGUCACCACCAAUACCACCGAAGACGUCGAGCAGCAGGAGCACACCACGCAGGAAAGGCGCACGACGGGCGACGAGCCGCAGAAGAUCGACUGGCCGGCGGCCGCGAAAGCUGGCGCCCUCGUGCAGAAGGAGCUGAACGAGACCAUCAUGAAGAGCCGCGAGGAGGUGGAGGAGAGGCUGGAAACCGAGGAUCGACGGCAACUCGGCGACAUCAGCGACGAGGCGUACGUGCAGGCGGUGCGCAACAACCGCGGUGACCUGCGGGUGGCGUUGGCCGAGUCCAAGCGCCAGCUGUCCAGCACGCAGCAGCAGCAGCAGCAGCAGCAACAGCAGGGCCCCCGAGUGGUGCAGCACACGACGAGGUCGAACAAGGUCGUCGACACGGAGAGGACUCUGGAGCGCAGCGAGCUCAAGCAGGACGGCCAGAUCGUCACCGAGAGGAAGACCACCGUCGAGCACGAGGAGAUCAAGGACGACGAAGCUCCGAGGGAAGAGAUAGACGGCGUGCAGCGCGACGAGGUGGACGAGGCGCGCGAGGUGCGCAAGGAGGCGACCCAGCGCUACGUGAAGCGCCGCGACGAGGACAUCGUCGAUUACGUGGCGAACGGCGGCGAGCGCGUCACCCGAGAGAUGCGUUACGUGUCCGAGACCACCGAGGCCGAGCGCACUGGCGACUGGCCCAGCGAGCCCAUGCCCGGCUUGCGUCCCGGACGGCUUCGCAGCAGCCAGCACGGCUUCACGACGGAAACCCAUCAGCAAAAUCACGCGACGACGACCGCGGCUGCGGCGGCUGCGGCGGCUGCGGCGACUGCGGCGACUGCGGCGGCGGCGCGUAAAGACGCGCUGACUCGUAAGCCCCUCGACCUGGAGGAGGAGGACGAGGCGCGCAAGUUCGAAACCUGCAAGUGGCUGGAGUCGCACUUCGGCAGCGAGUCGCGCUCGUCGCACGGCUCGCUCGAAGACGAGGAGCACCACCGUCGUCACCACAGCACCAACACGAGUUACAUCAACGUCACGAUGAAAUCGGUGCCGACCACGGCGAGGGAGCACUACAAAGAAACGACCACGACUACGACCACGACCAAGCAACAGAGGCGCACCACCACCAACGGGGCUACCUCGCCCAGCGGUUACUUUCAGGGUAUCAGCGAGUGGUCCGAGAGAUACCAGUCCACUGCGAAGCAAAACAAUCACGUCCGGCCGAGAUCCCCGCAAUACACAAUGGACUCGAUGCGCGAGGCGAGCCGCAGCAACGGGCAUCAUCAUCAGCCGUCGUCGGAAGGCUUGCAGCGCAGCAGUAACCAGCAGCAGGCGUACACGCGCAGCUACGAGGUCUCGCGUCGCCAUCAAGAGCAACGUCACUCGCCCCCGUACGACCGGCCCAAAGUCGAGCCGCCCUCGCCUCCGCUCAGACGGAAGGCCAAGGAACAGGUAAUAACGACGAAAACGGAGCGCAGUUACCAUCAAGAAUCGGUGCCGCGAGCAGGUUCGGUGGAGCGCGCUUCGAGUCCAGUUCACGUUGUGCAACGCACCUGGGAGAGUCGCAGCCGCGACGAGCGCGAUCAUCACGAACGCCGUGAGCGCACGAGAAACGGAGAGCUACGCUCGAGCUCGCGGCGACAUCGCCAUAGUCCCGAGCGCACCAGGCACAGGCCACGAAGUCCUGCUUCGAGAUCUGUUUCGCCUUCACCUGUCAGAUCGUCACCUGCCAGAAGGGACGACAAGGAGAAACAUUCCAGACCUUCCAAGUCGCCAAGCCCGUCCAAGUACAAGAUCGGCGAGUCGUUCCGCAAGCUAGUGGGCAAGCUACGCUCGGCGAGCUCCGAGCGCAAGAACGGCAAGCGCCCAGGCGGCAGCAGCUCGACCUCCCAACUGACGCAGACCGACGACGGUUCGUACGUGCAGUACAACUCCGUGGACCGCAACGUGCCAUUAGGGCCGGACUACGACGCCGACGAUCGAGCGCCCGAGCGACCGCCCGAGCGACCGCCCGAGCGACCGCCCCGAUCGCCGCGCAACAACCUCGCCACGAGCGCCGCCAGCCACGUGAUCAACGUCCGCGAGUCGCCGAAAAUGAGCCACGCCGGCAGCAAGUACCGGAGCAGCAGCAGCCCGCGCCAGCACGAGUACAAGGAAAGCACGACCGUGAGCUCGCACUCGAGGAGCGAGCAGCCGAUUCACAGGUAUUACUUGGGGGAGGAUCCGUACGGCGGCAGCAUCUACGGCAAGGAGAAGGGCUACAGGGAGACGAGGCUGCACACGUCGAGACAUCGCGGCAGGCCCAUCGACGAGGUCGAUUACAGCAUGGAGUCGAGCUCCCUCGGGCGCUUCAGCAAGUCGACCGGGCGUCUAGUCAAUGAGCUGCAGAGCGAGUACGAGCGCGCCAGGGAGGCGCAGACCUUGCCGCGCAAAGCGCACAAUCAGGCCUCGUCGACUCGCACGACCACGACGACGACUCGGCGCGUGACCAACGGCACGACGCCGCUCACGCCCGCGCGCUACGUCGGCGCCAGCGAUGCCGUCAACGGCAAUGGCUACGAGCCAUCGAGGCAGUACGGCAGCAUGAUCAACAUCUCGUUCCGUAACCAGGUGAGCCCGCCCAAGACCACGCAUUACGUGCACACGUCGAGCAACGCUCAGCCACCGAAGCCCGAGAAAACCUACAAGUCGACUCUGUCGCGGAGCAAGAGCUUCAACGUCGAGAUCACCGACGACGGGGUCGUCGCCGCGCCUAAGACCAGGCCCAUCAACAAGUUGGACGAGACGCCACCUCUGAAAAGCCCCGGCAUCUUGGCGAGCAUCAGCAGGAACAACAACAGGGAAAAGUUGUUCACCAACGGCAGGUUGCAUGAUCACUAGCCGUCGAG